UUCAGAGCAGCUAGUGUGCAGAGCAGAGCAGGGAAGAACUUACUUGGUGUGGGAAAGUAAAUAGUGCAGGAUAUUUCCAGUCUACUCCGCCUGAGGCUGGAGCCCUAGCAGCUUCAAAAGCAGACAGGGCUGAGUAUGAGGAACCUGUCAGUAUAGAAGCAGGACGUUCAUGGGAAGUAACCUUAAAAGUCCACAGGGAGUAACUGAAGCUUGUUAGUAGAACUACUGAGGACAGAAGAGCUUAUGUCCUCUGUGAUGCCUCAGCAGCAACAGAGGGAGGAAGGGGAGGAGGAAGAUGAAGAGCAAGGGGAGAAGUUUGGGUUUGUCGACAGUGCUGAUGAAGAGAAAGAGCCAGCGGAUUGUAAAGACCCUGUCUCAGACUCUGUAAAAGCCAGUCAAAAAUCAAACCCACCACAGGACAACACAAUAACACCCACUGCACACUCACAACAGCACCUCAAUGCAAUGCCCCCUGCUGGUCAGGAGGACAGUCCCUCCCAGGGACAAUACUCCACAGCCUCUCCAGAUGUUCCAGUUUGCGACCCACCCAGGCGGGUCUCUGGCCCCGUUGAGCUGGUUGAGCCCAGUGCCGCAGCACCCUCUGUGGGAGAGCAGGCCCAGGGAGGUUCUGGUCCUGGAGAGGCGUUACCUGUGGAGAAGCAGACUGACUGGGAGGACCAUAGUGUGGAGACGCCCAAGGAGAGCUCUAUCCUGAGGGAACACUCUGAAGAAGAUGUGGCUGAUGCUGAGGCUGAGGCUGAUGCAGAGCCCCAGACAGUGAUCCUAGAGGUGAUCUAUGAUGACGUGCCCUGUGAGGGACCACUCUCUCCUGACGAAGGUGAGCUCUGGGGUAAGUGCCGGGGCUGGGGCCACUGA